AUGAGUCAUGAACUCAUUCUUUAUCUUGCGCAUGGCCUCGUGCUCUCCUGCCCUAUUCCUCUGCCCAAGCAUGCUAUCAACCUCAUCCACAAAUAUUAUGGUCGGGGAGACUUUUGCCGCAACACUGAACAAGGCUCGUACGUUUUUUUCGUCCUCACCAAACCAUUUGGAAGUGAUGGUGGACAUGGAGACGUUGAUGAAGCUGGCCCCAGCUUCGUUAGCUAUAGCCUUAGCCAGCAUUGUUUUCCCAGUGCCAGGUGGCCCGAAAAGCAGUAUUCCCCUGCAAGGCUUCAGAAGCCCGCCUUUAAAGAGGUCGGGUCUUCUGAGAGAUACCACAAUUUCUUCUAUGUUGGUGCUAAGAAUGUUCGUGUCCGGAAAACAGAGAGAACCGAGAUCAUCGCAAUCAAGCUGAGACUUCCAGCUCACGAGAUGGUUCUCAUCCACGGGAGGGCCGAUUAUCCUGGAACCAAGGAUCAGUAUCGGUCCAGACAACCUCUUCAACAUUUUCUGGAACAUCACGAGUGCUUGCUGAAGGAAAAGCAAGAAGAUCAUUGA